UUAAGAUUAUCAUUCAUAUUCUUCGUACUUUUUGUCAGUUGGUAUCAAUAGCAAUAUGAAUACUCAUCUCAAAGUUUUAAAUCAAGCUUUGAAGAUCUUUAUAUUCUCUACGAUUCUCUGUUGCAGUGCAAAUGCGGAGAAAAAUGAAAAUAAACGGGGAAUUGUACGAAGGAUGAUUGGUGGUAAGGAUGUUGAAAUUAAGGAUUAUCCAUUUAUGAUUGCCCUGUUUUUAGAAGUAAAUGAUAUAGAUGUUGAAGAUGAAGAAACUUUUCUUGCAAGUUACUCAUUGAUAACAACCAAAACUGCAUUGGGUGCUGCUCACCCAAUAGCAAAUAAGGAACCCGAUGAAAUAUAUGGGUCAAUUGGUGACAAAGAUAAAUUCCUUGGACAGAAAGUGUAUUUCAAAGAAUUAAUUCCACAUCCGUACUAUAAAGGCGCGCUAUUCCUUUAUGACAUAGCACUUUUAAUACUAGAUAGCGCCGUUUCUUUAUCGAGCGGUUCUCUUCCUCCGCAUGUACAAACAAUCGCUCUACCACGUACCAAUAAAGAAUACUAUUCAGGAAUGGCAACGAUGGUUGGAUGGGGAAUCAUUGGAGCAGACCGGAAGAACACAACAUGUUACCUAAAAGCGGCCUCAGUUAGUAUAGUGAACGCUUGCGACACUAUUUAUAAAGAUAAUCCAUUGUACGAGUGCAGAUCAGUAGUCCUUACGCAGCAAGCUGAUGUUUCCAUGAUGCCAGGUGAUUCUGGUGGUCCCCUUGUAUAUGAGAAAGAUGAUGGAAAACAGGUUCAAAUUGGAGUAUUAAGUACAGGUGAAAUGAUACCGGAUGGGGUUAAUGUUUAUGUUUCGACAAGUUUUUUUCUUGAUUUUAUAAAAGAAUAUUGCGAAGGAGAUAUUACAUUUGUAUAAUUGAAAAAUACUUUUUAAUGGUUAUGAAACUUAAAAAAUUAUGAUAAUAAACGAAAGAAUUUAAGAACGUAUACUUUCAAACAACCCAAAUAUAUAGCAGUAACAAUCAUGAGUUGCAUCAGUUUUAUUUGCAUGAUUAAACUGAAAGCAUAAAGUUUUUUUU